GCACCACCGACAUCUGGUCCGGAUCCCUUAAAACGCCGUCGUUUACGGUUUUGGACCAUUCACACUUAAUUCUUUCUAGCUCUGUUUCUAUUUCUUCCUCUUCCACACUAAUCACCGCCAUUGUUGCAACUGCUACACUUCCACUCUGAUUCGUUCGAUCGAGAGCUUUUCGUGUUGUAAGCAGGGAUGGCGCGUCGUUCAGGAGACUGCAUGAAAUGUCUGGUGAUCUUCGCGGUUGUAUCAGCUUUAGUAGUGUGUGGACCUGCUCUGUAUUGGAAAUUCAACAAAGGUUUCGUUGGAUCUACUCGUAGAAACUCUGUUUGUCCUCCUUGUACAUGUGAUUGCCCACCUCCUGUCUCUCUCCUCGAGAUUGCUCCUGGGCUUGCAAAUCUCUCUGUUACAGAUUGUGGAGGUGAUGAUCCAGAUCUCAAACAGGAAAUGGAGAAGCAGUUUGUGGACCUUCUGACCGAGGAGCUGAAGCUUCAAGAAGCAGUUGCAGAUGAACAUAGCCGUCACAUGAACGUUACCCUCGCAGAAGCUAAGAGAGUUGCGUCUCAGUACCAAAAGGAAGCUGAGAAAUGCAACGCUGCCACCGAGAUUUGUGAGUCAGCUAGGGAGAGAGCCGAAGCUUUGUUGAUCAAGGAGAGGAAGAUCACUGCUCUGUGGGAGAAGCGAGCUCGGCAAUCAGGGUGGGAAGGUGAGUAAACCAAUUGCACUUCGCAUGUCUACCUUGAAGUUUCUCUCUCUGAGAACACACAACUUAGCUCAAGAAAAGGAAACUGUUGAAUUGUCAAGGAAAAAUCCUAUCUUCCAUGUUUCCUCCAUAUAUGUAGUCUUUUGUUUUGCCUCUGGUUCAGAAUGUAGCUAAAGACAGCCUUGGCUUUGUAUUGACUUUCUUUAUAUACAUAAUUAUAAUUGUCCAUUUCACACUUCUCUG